CAUGAUGUGUAGGUGCACGACACAGUUUUUUGGACAUUAUUUCUAUUAAAAACACUUGUCAAGCGUAUCAAAUAUGAAAGUGCAAAAUGAUGAGAACACUUCUAGCGAGGAAGAGCAACCACUUCUGCAGAAUAAGGAGAAAUAUAAAACGUACAAAAGGCGGUGGUACGUGCUUCUUGUUUUCAGUGUGGCCUCUUUUCUGCAAGCCGCUGUAUGGAACACAUGGGGACCUAUUACCCAGUCCGCCGAAGUGGUGUUUGGAUGGAAGGACAGUCAGAUUGGAAUGUUUCCCAACUUAGGAAACAUUGCAUACAUAAUCACCGUUUUUCCAGCUUGCUAUUUCAUGGAUACUAAAGGUUUACGAAUUUCCAUUUUAGCCUGCACGGUUUUAUUGUUGAUUGGCACUGGACUCAGGUGUAUAACCUAUGAACCUAAAUAUGCCACCUGGCUGAGUAAUUUAUGUGCUGUUUUGAAUGGAAUUUCUGGAACAGUGCCAUGUGCUGCGCCUGCGCAGGUUGCCAACACGUGGUUUCCUCCUCAUCAGAGGACUAGCGCCACAGCAGUCGUUUCAGUGUUCAAUUACGUCGGAAUUGCUUUGGCAUUUGUUAUAGGUCCCCAGCUUGUAUCAUCACCAACAUACAAAAAUGAAACUCAUAUCCAAAAUAAUACUCGUAUACUAAGCAGAUUAACAGAAGAUCUAUAUAUACCUACACAUGUCAAUCAAAGAAAUAUUACAAAUUCCUCUGAAGUUUUGGUCAACUUUAAGCAUAUCCAGCAGGACAUCAUGUAUCUUAUGUAUUACGAAUUUGCCGCCUCUGGACUGUUAUUUUUAGGCAGUCUUUUCAUCCCAUCUAAACCUCCAUCACCGCCAAGUGUGUCAGCCUCAACAGAACGAGUAGUCUAUAGGCGGGCAUUGCUGAAUAUUGCUCGGAACAGAGCGGUAUGGUUAAUAGGGUUAGCUUACGCUCUGCCAGCAGGAGUAUAUGGGGCAUGGGGAACCGUUAUUGAUGUUGUACUGAACCCUCAGGGCAUUGGACAGACUGAGGUUGGUUGGAUUGGAUUUUACUCUAUAAUGGCUGGUUGUGUGUCAGGUCUAGCCAUAGGAAGAUUUUCAGAUGUCUUCAUGCGGCAUAUGAAACUCUUCCUGUUGGUAAUGUUUGGUGUGGCUGGAGGGUCUUUUGUGUGGUUCACCCUCAUGUGUGUCAAGGUCAUACCAUUCUCCACAGCACAAGUGUACACCUCUACUAUCCUAGGGGGAAUGUUUCUUAGCGGUACCGUUCCUCUUUUCUAUGAAUUGGGGGCGGAGUCCACUUUCCCCGUGUCAGAGGGAGUAACGGGUGGAUUUCUUACGUGGCUCAACAACUUGUUUGGAAUUCUCUUUUUCUUUAUGCUACAAAUACCAGAUAUAGGCACAGAUUGGAUGAACUGGACUUUGGUGGGCAGUGUUGGUGUAGGAUUAGCUUUCCUGUUUGUUGUCCCUGAGCGGUACACUAGGACUGAUAUAGAUAUCUGUGUAAACAAAACAGAGACUAGUCGCCCAGAAUCAACGAUAGUUGUCAGGCAGAAUUUAUACCAGACUUAAUAGUCGAAAUGGAGUGUUACGAAAGCUUAUUUUAUUCUUGAACGCACAAUGCAUAGACUAAUCUUUUUUUAUAUGAAUAUCAUAAGGAUUUGUAAGGAGAGAAAAUACCUCAUCUUGCUAAAUUGUGAUAAUACUUUACUUGUAAUCUCAUUUUUAAUACUUAAACACUUGUGUUUUGAUUUUGUAAAGACGAAGUUACAUGAUACCCAUUGUCUUUGCAAUUUCUCUAACGAUUACUAUGUUUACUACACAGAUAGAACAUGGUUAGAAAAAGAUACAA